AUGCGGCCCUCCACCCCGCUGUCGGCGGACCUACCCCCGUUGAUAAUGGGCACAGCAACCUUCAACUCGCAGUACAACGCAGACCCCUAUGCCCUGCCAACUACCGAGCUCGUGCACCGCGCGCUCUCGCGUGGCGUCCGCGCCUUCGACACAUCGCCCUACUACGGGCCCGCGGAGGAAUUGCUAGGCCGCGCGCUCGCCACCGACUUCGUCCAGACCAACUUCCCGCGCGGCUCAUACCGGCUCCUAACGAAGGUGGGCCGCAUAUCGGGCGCUUCAUUUGACUACUCGCCCGCCUGGAUCAGACACAGCGUGCGGCGCAGCUUGCGCCGCCUGCACACGGAAUACUUGGACGUGGUGUACUGCCACGACGUGGAAUUCGUCAGGCCUGCGGAAGUUCUGACUGCUGUGCGGGAGCUGCGCCGGCUGCGCGAUGAGGAGGGGCUCCUGCGGUACGUCGGGAUUUCGGGGUACCCGGUGGAUGUGCUGAGCGGGCUGGCGGAGAUGGUACUCGCGGAGACGGGCGAGCCGCUGGACAUCGUGAUGUCGUACGCCAACUUCACGCUGCAGAAUACGCGGCUGCGCUCAGUCGCGCUGCCCCGUCUUCUCGCUGCAGGCGUGGACGUCGUGCCCAAUGCUUCGCCUCUGGGCAUGGGCCUGCUGCGCCGGGACGGCGUGCCAAUCGGCUCAAUGGGCGACUUCCAUCCGGCGCCGAACGCCCUGCGCAGCGCAAUUCACACCGCGGCUCAGCGCACCGCCCAGAGCGGCGAAAAGCUCGAGGUCGUCGCCAUCCGGUUUGCCCUGGAAUCAUGGCUCUGGGCCGGCGCAAAGGCAGGCGCCCUUGGCGCUCCGCUCGCGCGCUCCGCGGACGCACACCCGGGCUUCUUGUCUGUGGUCAAUAUCGGCACGGGCAGGAGGCUCGGCGUGAGUGUGAUGGGCGUGAGCAACAUCGCCGAGCUGGAUGAGACGCUGCGCGUGUGGCACAGUAUCUUGGACGGGCUGGAGAACUGGGACGAGGAUGACGAUGGGUCGGAUUGGGAGGGCAAGGUCCAGCCCGGGCCGUCUACGCCGCUGGAACAAUCUGCUGGCGCUGUUCCGUCGUCUGCGUCUCAUACCUCGAACAUCCUCACGCCCUCGGAGGGUCUCAUCACUGACCGCGCCUGGUCGCAUACUCGCCGGGCGCACAUUUUGCAGCUGGCUGAGGAGGUGCAGGCGGUGCUGGGGCCCGAGUGGGUUGACUAUGUGUGGGCGAGUCCGCCGGCGGACUUCCAGAAUACGCUGCCCGACGAGCAUAUCGCCACGAUGAGGAUAAUCGAGGCCGAAGAGGCAGCCGGUCACACGAUGACUUCUCCUGUGGGUGCUGUUCAGAACGAAGCGAUGUUGACCCCGCCGCUGGAUGCGGAGAAACGGCUUGAGUAG